AAUGCCCCGAACUACGAUUUUUUAUACUAGACACAAACACGAGACAAGAACAAGCACGCUCGGUUCUUGGGUAUCAUCCGAAGUCUACGUAUCGUAAAAUAAAUAAAUAAAAUUAUAAUCCUUCGAAACGGCAACGUUAAUAACUAUAUGGCAUCGCAUUUCUAACUGUUUCACUGCCUGUUCAAUAAAAUGUUUUAAACUAUGUGACAGGAAAAUAUAUACUUUAAACUCAAAACACAGAGAAAUAUUUUCAUCUGGAAGUUCAUUCAGGUAGAUAACAACGGAAUGGCUGAGUCGUUGGAACAAAAAGAAAGUGCCUGUACCAUGCCAUAUUUUUAUUUUUUUUAUCGACUCGACCGCCUUCUCUGAAUGAUCACAAAUGAAAAAGCUGUUUGCCAGCUGUAUAGUUUUAAUUUCCGUUUUAAUUAGAGGAUUCUUGAGAUGAAAAUUAAAUAGGCCAGGGUAAGUCCGUAUUGUGUUUUAUUUCAGCAGCUUCAUAGCUAAAAGCGUUAACAUUUUAGUUGUAUUUUACAAUCAAUUCAGUGGACGAUAACUAUUUUCAGGCUUAUUAAAUAAAAUUUAGCUAUAAUAAAAAAACUUUAAUGUUAGAAAAUUAAUAAUGUCUAAUGUAGUUGCCAAAAUAUUACUAACAAUAGAAAGUUAACCACAAAUCUGACAACAAUUGCAUAAUAAAACUAAUAAAAUUGGACAACAAUUAACAAAACUGGAAAUAAGGCCAUGCUUAGCUGCUUAUAUUUAAAAAUACGUCGCUGUGUUACGAACACUUAUUGAUACUAACAAUUAUUUAUUUAAUACUAAUGAUUAGAGAUUGAUAGAAGCAUUUCUAGAAGAUUUUCUUAUGAUAGCUGUUACAAGUUUCUUGUUGGGUGACAGGAAGGACAACAGGGUGAUGCUGCUGCUCCUGCUGAGGGUAGUGCAGAAGCACCGGCUGAGGGAGCUCCAACGGAAGGCGCUCCGGCUACAGAGGGAGCACCAGCCCCCACUGAUGGGGCCCCAGCACCUCCAGCUGAAGGUGCACCGACGCCUGCUGAAGGAGCUCCUGCUCCAGCAGAAGGAGCCCCACCGGCCCCCGCGGAGGGGACACCCGCGCCACCCGCCGAAGGGACACCGGCACCUGCAGCACCUCCUGCAGAAGGAGCACCUGCAGCACCUCCCUCUGAAGGAGCACCUGCAGCGCCUCCUGCGGAAGGAGCACCUGCAGCUCCCCCAGCAGAAGGAGCAGCUCCCCCAGCAGCACCCGCUGAAGGUGCUCCAGCACCUGCCGCUGCUCCCGCGGCUGAUGGUACACCUGCGCCGGCGGCCCCUGCACCGGAAGCAGCACCUCCAGCAGAAGGAGCACCAGCAGCGCCAGCUCCAGCUCCAGAACCAACCCCUCAAGCUACUCCAGCCCCACCAGCGGAAACAGCACCAGCACCUGAGACAGCACCGGCACCAGAGCAAACAGCACCACCGGCCGCGCCCGUUGAAGCUUCUGCGUAAUGAUGUAAAUGAAUCAAACCAAAGCAAAGGGAGUAAUUGCAACAAAACUGACUAAUGUUUAAAUAUUUUGUAAAUUUAUUUGUACGAUAGCCGCGUUUGAAACAUUCGUAAUUUUUUUAUGUUGAUUAAAAUAAUUUGUUAAU